AUGCGGCGCAACUUUUUUAACAUCUACGAGGAGACGAGCGACAGUGACAUUCCGUCGGCUACAGGCCAGAGCGUGAAUGUCGCACGUGGCGGGCCGGCGACGUCGGAGAUUCGAGUACACGAUGCGAAAUUGCAGCCGUCACUCGCUACGGCGGCGGCGGGUCAUGGUGGGUACCCGUCCACAUCGACCCCCACACCUACCACCCCUCUGAAUCGCUCGCAGGAUGUCGUCAGGGGAUCGGCGUUUUCCGGUAACUCCGCGAGGCCGUGGCCGCUCACACCGACCACAACACCUAAGCACAGUGGUGUGGAAGCCGAGUCCAACGCAGCACCAUCUCGUGGCGGGGGGGUGGUGAACCGGACCUUGUUCGCUUCGCCGCCUAGGAUGCAUCCUUCUAAAACUGCCAGCUCGCCUUCUAACAUUACCCCUGCCACGCCCUUGGUAGCACCUUCACCGCAGGUGCACGAACGUGGUCCGGACGGAGCUGGUGUGUUGCCGCGCAUGAUUCCCACGCCCUUCCUGGCCACAUGCGAGGACACUCACGCAAGUGUCCGUGGAGCGGACACCGUUCUUGGCGGCGAUGGGUGUGGAGACGACGUCGCCGGGCGUGCGAUGGAGCAAAUACGACUGCUGUGGGCGCAGGUUCAGGCGACUCGUGGGACAAAGGGUCCAUCGGCUGUGGUACACGGGGCCGUGCCGAACUUCACCCUUGGCGAAGACCUGCAUGCCGCUCUUGCGGGAAUGGACGGCGAUGCGGCGGAUGAGUCGGGCAAAGGAGGCGGAGUUGUAACGCCAGCCGUGGCAGCCCAGCCGCAAGUGUGGAGGCCGAACGGCACGGCUGGAGAUGCACCCCAACAGAGUGGGGUUCGGAGGGACGCGUGUGUGGCGACGCAGGCACCAACACGACCCGCCCGAGCUGCCGAAGAGUUAGCGCCGGUUGCAGAGGCAUUUGAGCGGCCAAACCGCGGAUUCGCAAUGAACCGACUGUCAGGAGCUGGGAGGCUGGCGAUCGUGGGGAACCACGUGGCUCCCCUGGUGGGCGGUGUUGGCGUGGGGAGAGAGACAGGGAUGGCCGCGGGGAGCGUAGCGCCUGAUGGUGUGGCGUGGGAUCGACAUGCGCCAGGCCUGCGAGGAAGAGGGUUGAAGCGAGAGCGGCCGAAGAUGACGAUCGUGGUCGACUUCAACCCAAACGAUGGCAGGCUUGAUUCGCAGCCGGGAAUGCCUCCGGCAGACCAGAUUCACUUUUACGCCAAGAAGGCGAUGCAUCUGCUGUUGCGUUCAUGCGCCGCGCAUGGCGUAACGCACUGGCCGACGGACGACGAGAGGAACGUGGCCCUUCUCGUGGUGCUCCGGUGCCACUACGACGUCUGCCAGCUAGACGUUGACCGCGCCAUGGGGAACGGGGCGUACAGCAAGGUGGUCAACAAGAUCUGGUCGAAGUUCAGGAGUGACUCGUCGUCGAACGGACGGCGCAGGAUCGUGGAUGGGCUGGAGAUCGAGGUCGCAGCCACCGGCAUCUACAAGCUGGAGAUCGAUAUCGACACCAAAAAGGAUCUGCACCGGAAAUACGCGCCCAGUGAGUGUCGUGGGUGCAUGGGGGGGAUCCCCAUGGAGGGCUCACAGGGCAGGGCCUAUGUAUACUGGGGCUGCGUUAACCACAUCGUUGACUACCGCUCCGUGUACAGAGAAGGAGCUUAUGCAGCUUGUAUCGACAUGGAGCUGCGAGAAAGGGGAUUUGCGGCCCUUUACCACCAGGGUCUUUUUCCAAGCAUGCAAGGCGGCCUACCCAGAGUGGGUGUUUGGAGGCAACCUGGUGCUGGUGCCAUACCACAUCGCCUGGGUCUUGUAUUCCGUGAGUGGAUUGAAGCUAUUCGUUCCAUGUUCUAA